AUGUAUGUAUCGUGCAAAGAGUUCCUGGCUGAGGAAGUGCUGAUGAGGGGGGUUAGUUCACUAGGACAAAGAGUCAACGACCGCCAGAAUUUUUGGUUAUGUUUUGCUGCUGUGAGGCACUGUUCCACGCGGCCAGGAUGUUUCUUAGCAAUAUCGCCAAUUACAAUAGAUGACUGUCAGUGCUCUAGAAAAGAUCCUGGGGAAAACAUUGAGCGUCACUUCAAAGGCCGCAUUUAUAAUGCAAAUUCAGGAAUACCCUCUGACCACAAAUUGGCAGUUCUUGUACCUUUCCGAGAUAGGUUUGAGGAACUUCUUGCAUUUGCACCAUAUCUCCAUGAUUUUUUAAAUAAACAGGAAAUCAGCCAUCACAUAUACAUUUUGAAUCAGGUAGACCACUAUCGGUUUAAUCGGGCUUCUUUGAUCAACGUGGGUUUCCGCAUAGCACGUGAUGAGUGUGACUACAUUGCAAUGCAUGAUGUUGAUCUGCUGCCCCUGAAUUCACAGCUACGAUACAGUUAUCCCGAGACUGGGCCAUUUCAUAUUGCUUCACCUGACUUGCACCCUCGCUAUCACUACCCCACAUUUGUUGGUGGAAUUCUGCUCAUUAAAAGAGAACACUUUGAACUUGUCAAUGGUAUGAGUAAUAAAUACUGGGGAUGGGGCUUGGAAGAUGAUGAGUUCUAUGUCCGACUGAAGGAGGCAGGGCUGAACGUGUCACGGCCAGUUAACAUUACAACGGGCACUGAAAACACUUUCAAGCAUACACAUGAUCGCACACAUAGAAAACGUGACAUGACAAAGUGUUUCAAACAGCGUGAUGUGACACGGCGUCGUGACCGGCAGACUGGUUUAGCAGAUGUAGUGUACAAGUUGACAGGUAUUCAUGAACUUAAAAUAGAUGGAGCUCCCAUCACUGUUAUCAACAUAGUGCUGAGUUGUGAUAAAAGACUCACCCCAUGGUGUAACUGUAGUGACACUGGAGGAAAGAAACCCAGCAGUGAAACAAAUGCAGCCGAGUCUAACAUUGGUAAUAAGAAUAAUAAGAACAUUUUAAAUCAAUGAACGAAAUCUCUUAACCAUUUCAUUUUUGUAAAGUGGCAGAAUUGACAGAUUGUCAGUAUUCUUUUGUUCAGCAUUGCUGUGUAUAAAGGGGUAGUACAGAAAGGCAGUAAUGUGAAAAGCAGCCAUAUUUAUAUAAUGAUGUGCAUAGUAUUUGCUGAUAGUAUUAUUCCCAGAAUAUGCCUCCAGAUUAAGAUAAUGUGGUGUGAACAGUGCACAUUGGCUGAGUUAUAGGUACUUGUGGUCAUGCAGUCCAGAGAUUGAGUAUUUGCUUGGGUUGACAUAAGAAAUAGCAUCACUAAACAGGUUGGCCUAGAGUUAACACUUGGAGCCUUAUAUCCAGAAGAUGCUUUGUUUAGAUAUUGGCUUGGACACCACCUAUCCUGAGGGCUUUUGUGGUUUUAUCCAGUCCCUCCAGGCAGAUGAUGGGAUAAUACCUCAAUUAGGCCAUGACCACUUGCAAAUCCUUUCCAG